UAUACCAUCCCUCAUAAUGUGGUGACGCGUUAUCGAGAUAACUUGAAUCCACUUGUGCAACAUCCACAAUGGCGGGACCCACCUGGCCUAGUCUGCAUUUGGCGAUUAUUUGUUUACCAUAAGACUAAUACGGCGUGCGUUUGAUGUAGGCAGUGAAUACAGUUCGGAAGGAAAACAACAUUUUGGAGUUGGACAUGUGUUGGAGUUAAUAGCUAAACCGGUAAAACACAAGACAAACAACCAUGCCUAUGCCAAAAAAUGAGUGGGAGGUGAUUCUCAAAUGCUGGCCUGAGCUUAUUGACCAGUUGGUCAUAACGAACAGAUUCCUGGAUAAGCUCAUUGAAGGAGGUGUUUUACAACCUGAGGACCAGCAACGUAUAAUUGUAGAGCCGGUUGCAAAUGACAAGAUUGAAAAGUUGUUGAAUAUUUUAAAGCACAAAGAUGCAACAUGCCGACCUUACAGCAAAUUGAAAGAAGUAUUACUCGAACAGGACAGCAAGUUUCUCGUUGAUUACUUGGACAAGGCUGCAGCAGAUGUAUCUUUGAAAACUAAUGAUGAACAAAUUUCCUGUGAGGAUUGUGUUGAUACAUCGGAAGGAAACCUAAAGAAAAGGCUUCGAAGUUUGCUUGUGCAGUCAUUUGACAAUAAGACAGGUCUCACCUGUAGUCUGUCUGAAGUGGAGCAUGUUGCGAAGCAGGUAGAGAAUGAUGGCAUCAAAUUCACUUGGAACGUCGACCAACUGAGGAACUUUGUUAUCGAAGUAUUUAUUGGAGUUGAAUACCAGAAAAGGAAAAAGAAGAAAAAUCCAUUCUUUAGAAACAUUGGUCUGAAGGUAGAUCAGGUUUCUGAUGUCAGCACACACAUGGAAGAAGAAGGAAAACCUGACACAGCAAAUUCUGAUGAAACACCAACUGCAGGUGCUGAUGGAACAACAACGAUGAAGGACUACAUUAUGACAAUGUCAGCCAGUCAACUCGGAGAGUUCCUCAGACCAAGACUCAAGGACGUAAACUUGGAAGAAGACAUUGUUGAUAACAUGAUAGCUGAAGACAUUGAUGGCCAGGCAUUUUUGUUGUUAGAAGAAAACCAUUUGAAAGAAUACUUUUCUGAGAUGACGCUUGGCAAACGUCUGAAGUUCAUAGCAAUGAAAAAUCAACUUGAAGUGGAAUCCUUUGUUCAACCAAGAGAGGAUCUUGUAUACAGUAGGACAAGCACACAGGAUGACACUGCCUCAGAAGGAGAGAAGAAUCAAAUGUAUCCAGAUUCAUUCCGCCAAUUUGACACAAGUGUUUGUGUCACUGACCAGUACAUAAGAGGGAGAUUAGUUGAGGUAGACGGUCACUCAAGAGGUAAUAUGAUUGUACCCAGGAGACACUUCAUCUGCCCCCAGGAGGAGGGCACAGAGCUGUGCAGAAAAGUGGCCAGGGAGGUGGUAAUAUUUGCCUCAGCCUGCAUGAAUGACAGAACGAACGGGACACUUCAUGCUGGAAUAAGCCCAUCAACAACCAACAGUGGACAAAAGGGAGAAAUCAUUGGACUUCAGAUCGACAGAGGCCAGUGUGAGAGACUGGUGCAACAAUACAUAAACGAGUCAUUUUAUGAGGAACAACUUGAUGUUGCUGAGCGGGCAAUCAGUGAUAUCAAGUUCAUACAAGUCACUGAUCAAGAAACAUCACCCAAGAAAGUAAAAAAACUGUAUGUCGUAGAAGUUGAUGUUAUACCUAGUGCUGUCCUCAUUGGAAACAAUGCUUUCUUUGUAAAAACUAAAUUACUUGGAGGACGGAGAAAGAAAAGAAAGCAAGACUUGUAUCGAUUCAUUUCAGGAGAACUUCAACCACAGACAGAAGACAGCAUGAUCUCGUUUAUGAACAAAAAGCAAAAUCUAACAGAGCUUAGACGUGAACAAGAAACUAAACCACCAACUCAACCAGCAGUAAACCUUAGACAGAAAUUACUGGAUCUGGUUACAGGUGGGAGUGAUACAAUAGAGGAUGAUAUCUAUCCGGUGUUAUUUACAAGCCCUCUAGAUAAAUAUAUGGAUCAAGAGUUUAUGAAAGAAAACCUCACCUUCAUACAACAUUUUGAUACCAGUGCAGUAUUUGAUUUUGACCCAGAGAGUAGUGAUGAUGGUCUUUAUAAGUUCUUGGAUGAGGAGGAGAAUCAGUGUUAUGCAGUGCUGACUACUGACAAUUUCAAGCAACGAGAUAAGAAAACGCACAAAGAAGCCACUUCUGCUCAUAAGGCUUGGAUCUUCAAUAAUGGCUAUAGUGGCCUUCAUAAGCCAGGACUUCAGCCAUUUGACUGGAAGCAGGAAAGGAGUGCAGGCUUUAAAGAAGCUCUGCAUUUUUAUCAUCAAAACAUUCCACUGGACAGAGGCCUAGCCAUCAUUUUCCUUUUUUCAAAGAACUAUGAAGUACUGCUAGAAGCAGCAGAAGAGAUUCUCUUGAAGUUUAAAGAUCAUUGGAUGGUUAUUGCUGAGAAUGAAGCUAUUGCUCAUCUCUGGAACUCUGAGAUGACAAGACGGAAUGUUUUGAAGAAAGAUUCUUUGGAAAAACGCUGUGUCAUUGGUAUGCCUUGGUCACACAUCAAUCAGACAUUCAUGGACAUCUUUCAAACACAGAAGGUUCCAUCAUGCUACUUGCCAUUAUCAACUGGUGCAUUCACAGAACUUUCUGAAAGAGAGAGAAACAACUUGUGUGGCCUGGAGAUUCUCAGCAGUAGAGAAUGUGAUGUCAUUGAGGACAUCAAUGACAAAGAUAAACUGGAAUCUAUCAGGAGAAGGGUUGAAGAGAAGUUCUUUAGAGGAGGAACAGCUGAGUGGUGGAAUUUUUGGUUUGGGGAGGAUCAUGUUAAAAAACGACAGCAGCAUGCUAAUCUGAUUCAAGAGGUAGAAAAAGCCCUGAAAACUCCUAAAGCAGACGAGGUUAUCCUUGUGACAUUGUUACAUCAACCUGGAGCUGGUGGUACAACAACAUCAAGGCAAGUCCUGUGGGAUCUCAGGCAACAAUACAAAUGCUUUGUUGUACAGAGAAUUACUGAUGAGACGGCAGAACAAAUUGCAUCUUUGAGAAAAUUUGGAGAAGCUUCAAAUCCUAAACCACCACUGAUUCUAAUAGACAAUUAUGACGAGGAAAGUGUUGACCGUCUUCUGGCAGAACUUGAAGAUAUAGCACGCCUCAGUGCCAGGAGAAAUGAGGAAUGUACAAAUGUAUUCUGUGUUUUACUUCAUUGUGUGAGAAGAGCUAAUUUACCACAGUCUCAUGAAGGGAAGCAAAUCCAUCUACGCCAUGAUCUGUCACCACAAGAAUUGUCCUGGUUUGGCAAAAAAUAUGAUGACCUUCAGCGUAUGUGUGAUGAACACAAAGGUGUAGAUCCUAAACUGCUAAUCUCAUUCAACAUGCUGAAAACAAACUUUUCUGAAGACUAUGUGAAAAGAACUGUAAAAGAACUGAUGAAUGACAUCGAUGAUCCCAAAGAAAGGAAAAUCCUCAGAUAUCUAUCAUUUUUGAACACAUAUGACAUUGACUUUUACGCAAUACCUGUAUCAUGUUUUGAUCCUAUAAUGGAAGUGAGGACCAAGAAGACAGUUCUUAUGCAAACAGGGCUCUACAGAGUGGAAAAAAGACCGAGGGGUUGGGAGACAACACUGGGGUCGUCCAUUAGAGUACUCUUGAAUGAAUCCUCAAAGAGGAUGGUGUAUGGUGCAAAAACAAGCAGCAUACAGAUCAUCAAUUCCUUAUUGUCAAGAGAGAUUCUGGCUACACUGCUUGGUCCAUCUAAGCUUAGUGAUAUUAUUUUGGAACUCCUGGGAUCUGAAAUCUUUGAAUUUGAAAAUGCAAAUACUGACUUUUUGCUUGGCCUCAUAAAUAACCUUGUGAAGAAAAGAGCAACACUAAAAGACAAGCGUGUGGAAAAGUUUUCUCCUCUAAUUCUUGAAAUCAUGCAGAAGGAAGGAGAGGACAAAGCUGCUGAAGUCUUCGUAGAGGUGUUCAAGGUGACAAAUGUUGCUAUGGUUGCACAACAGCUUGCUCGCCUAUACAUACAUUACCGCAACUGGUCUGAAGCUGAAAAAUACGCUGCAAAAGCAACAAAACUCGUUCAGUCCAAUUCCUUUUUGUGGGAUACCUAUGCACAGGUGUUUGAACAGCAACUCAAAUGGAAAGUAGCAAACACAAUCAUUACAAAACAAUGCUUGUUGGAAGUUCUGGAAUUGGUUAAAAAGGCAAUUGAAAUCUUUAAGAAAGAACUGACUAUCAGUGAAACAGAAAAAAAUGCACCAUACAACUACAAUGGCUACUUGGGUGAAGUUCGAGUUGUUAUUAAGCUUUUCAAAGCUUUGGAAAAAUGUCAUGAUCAAGCUGAAGAAAGUGAUUUGCAUGCAUUUCUUGUAGAACCAGAUUUCAUACCUGAGGCAUUUUCCUUUCUUGAUGAAGAACAUGUUGAAUUUGUUAAGGUAUGUGGUAAAACUGCUUCAAUGGUUAUCCAGAAACUUGAAGAUGAACUCCUCCAGUUAAAGGCAGACACCAAACAUGAGUCUCUUCAUACAAACUAUUUCUUCAGUCUCAGUGAUUUGCUUUCAGUCAAGGAAGAAUUGUUUCGUUUUUAUGGGGAAAACACAGAUAAAGUUCCAGACAAUCUGAACCAGGAAGACCAAUGUGAGUUUAGGCGCCGACGUGUACGUCGUCUUGGUGGGACAUCACUACAAGGUCUGUUGACGCUUCGAUUAAAAAACAGUGAUCACAGUUACCUUUUAAGGGUGUAUGAUUUGAUCAUGCAGAAUGUGACAACACAGAACUGUAAUGCCUUUGACCUGACAACAGUUUUGAAUGCACUGGUUGCAAUGUUUAUGUGUGAGGAUGAGUUUGUAAAAACGAUACCCUUUUCAGAAAUCAUUGGCCUAAGUCAGAAGUUGAUAGACCAGAAUCAACCUGACAGACCAAUGUUGGAAUCCUUCCUCUACAUAUUGCUGUUCAAUGUACCAACUCCAUCACGACUAAAACACGGGUAUGACCUGUGUCAGUCUGUUACUAUCAGAGACACAAUGAAACUUUGGAAGGAAGCAUUUUACACCAGAUACCCUAAACAGAAGGAGGAGCAAAAACGCUUCAGGAAAAAAGAUACAACGUUGUUCUUUCUUGGUCGAGGGGAAGGAAUGGAUGAAAUCGUUUAUCAGGGACAAUUGGUUGGAAGUGAAGAUAAAAUGCGAAUAAAUGAUGAUUUUUGGAACACACCGAGGGCCAGGCAAAGACUUCUUAGAUAUGAAGGGACAUUGCUGAUGGAUGGCUGCAAGAUCCUAGCCACCUUUAAGUCACCUGGAGGAAACCAUUAUGAAAUCUAUAUCCCAACGUCACUGCCAAUGAAAAAGAAUAUGUGGCAAAAGAAGGUGUAUUUUGUACUUGGCUUCAGCUGGGUUGGACCAAAGGCCUAUGAUGUCACUUUGGAUGAUCCUUCCAAAGAGGAGAUUUCAUCUGUUGCUUCAACAUCAAACUCUCCACAGCCACAGUUGCAGCACCAUACUGGAAGAGACUAUGGUACCCAAAGACUUCCGAUUAACAGAGGUGGUCAACAUUGGACACGACAAUGGUAUCCACCUCGGGAUGUGACAAGACAUGAGAACACGGCAUCUGGGGUAAGUGGAGGUCCACCCCGGAAUGUGACAAGACAUAAGAACACGGCAUCUGGGGAAAGUGGAGGUCCACCCCGGAAUGUGACAAGACAUGAGAACACGGCAUCUGGGGUAAGUGGAGGUCCACCCCGGAAUGUGACAAGACAUAAGAACACGGCAUCUGGGGAAAGUGGAGGUCCACCUCGAUAUGUGACAAGACAUGAGAACACGGCAUCUGGGGAAAGUGGAGGUCCACCUCGAUAUGUGACAAGACAUGAGAACACGGCAUCUGGGGAAAGUGGAGGUCCACCUCGGAAUGUGACAAGACAUGAGAACACGGCAUCUUGGGAAAGUGGAGGUCCACCUCGAUAUGUGACAAGACAUGAGAACACGGCAUCUGGGGAAAGUGGAGGUCCACCCCGGAAUGUGACAAGACAUGAGAACACGGCAUCUGGGGAAAGUGGAGGUCCACCUCGGAAUGUGACAAGACAUAAGAACACGGCAUCUGGGGAAAGUGGAGGUCCACCCCGGAAUGUGACAAGACAUGAGAACACGGCAUCUUGGGAAAGUGGAGGUCCACCUCGAUAUGUGACAAGACAUGAGAACACGGCAUCUUGGGAAAGUGGAGGUCCACCUCGAUAUGUGACAAGACAUGAGAACAGGGCAUCUGGGGAAAGUGGAGGUCCACCUCGAUAUGUGACAAGACAUGAGAACACGGCAUCUGGGGAAAGUGGAGGUCCACCUCGAUAUGUGACAAGACAUGAGAACACGGCAUCUGGGGAAAGUGGAGGUCCACCUCGAUAUGUGACAAGACAUGAGAACACGGCAUCUGGGGAAAGUGGAGGUCCGCCUCGAUAUGUGACAAGACAUGAGAACACGGCAUCUGGGGAAAGUGGAGGUCCACCCCGGAAUGUGACAAGACAUGAGAACACGGCAUCUGGGGAAAGUGGAGGUCCACCUCGGAAUGUGACAAGACAUGAGAACACGGCAUCUGGGGAAAGUGGAGGUCCACCUCGAUAUGUGACAAGACAUGAGAACACGGCAUCUGGGGAAAGUGGAGGUCCGCCUCGAUAUGUGACAAGACAUGAGAACACGGCAUCUGGGGAAAGUGGAGGUCCGCCUCGAUAUGUGACAAGACAUGAGAACACAGCAUCUGGGGAAAGUGGAGGUCCGCCUCGAUAUGUGACAAGACAUGAGAACACGGCAUCUGGGGAAAGUGGAGGUCCACCUCGGAAUGUGACAAGACAUAAGAACACGGCAUCUGGGGAGAUCUCCCCAAAACAGAGACAACCCGAGAAGCAAACAAGAGAUCAGUAAUGAGCAACACCUGUGGUUUCAGUCUCUCUCUGAUACUGUACAGGAUCACAGUAUUCACCACAAUGUCAUCGUGCUCGGUGUAUGGCUUACUGAGGCCCGGACAGCAUCUCGGCCGGGUAGACUAGUGCUAGAUGGUGUGGUGCGUGCUCCCGCUGUACAGUGGCACACUGUGACCUCAUGUAAACGGCCAUGUGCCAAACCUGACCUGAACUUUCUUCAGUAUAUUUCAAAGUUGAUAUUCAAUGUCUUCUAUUAGCUGAUAUUACCAGAUAGAAAAAAUGUUUGCUGGAGUUGGGUUUCGGCCUAGUGGUUGAUGUCACAGACACUUACGUCAGCAAGUGUUGCUGGGGACAUAUUCUACUCUGGAAUCCCCAUGGCGAUAAGAGGAAUGAGAGAGUGACGGAGAGGAUGAAUGAGGAAGAAAGUGAGGGAGAGAUCUUAAGACAUCACAUUCUUUUCUAUGUGUGGUUUUGCAGCUGCUACUGCUGGGAAAAAGGUUGCUGUAGUGAGUGAUAUUAUAUUGAUUUGAUGUCACUAUAGUUUAUAGAAAUACUGUUGAUUGUUAGAAGUUUGCACUUUAUCUUUUAAGGGUAAGUAAGUGAAUAAAAUGCUUUUCGAUAUUAAUAUAAAUUUUCCAAAAUACAUUUAGUCAAUUUUGGAGAGAGAAAAAUUCAAAAUAUUCAUACAAAUUAUUUAAAUUUCCAUGUGAAAGUCCUGAAAUCACACGCUCUGUAAUUGGCUUCCAAAACAAACCUAUUUUGGGGUGUGGCUUAAAGCUACCGGCGCAGCCGUGACAACUGUUUUUAUUAGGUUUGCCUUGUUUAUUUAUCGUGUGAUUCUCAGCCGUUAUACACACACUGUUUCUGCUAUUUGUGUUAAUCAUAAUAUCAUCAUUGCAUACAUUAUUAAAUGUGUGAAACGACCUUUGAUCUUAACCUUGUGAGUGAUUAAAAUAACAAUUAAUAAUUAGUAACUAGCGUUUUAUCACCAACAUGUUUAGGUAAUAAACCACCAGCUGCCCUCGGGCCUAAUCCUCACGAUAAAUACCUGUCAGGGAUUAGUCAUCUGUGUAGACAACUGAAGGCAUCUUCAGUGUUCUUACUAAGGUGACGACAUAAGUUGUGGAUACCGUAAUCUAAUAUAUGAGCAGACAGAAAAAUAUAAUGUAUUAAAAAGUCCUACUUAGCUAAAACAUUUAGUCCAUGAAAAA